GUUUAAAAUGCUGUGGCUGCUGAGAACAAUGUGCCUUAUCCAUGUACUUGGAAAAAUAUUUUGUUUAAUUGGACAAAACAAGAAUCCUGAAUCUAACAUGAAUGUUAGUGAGAUUAUUAAACACUGGGAAUAUCCAAGUGAAGAAUAUGAGGUUGUGACUGAUGAUGGUUACAUUCUUCCAAUUAACCGAAUUCCUCAUGGGAAGAACAAUGCUAAUAGUACAGCCCCAAAGAUGGUAGUAUUUUGUCUCCAUGGCUUGUUUUCAACUGCUGGUAUAUGGGUUUCCAAUCCUCCUGACAACAGCCUGGCCUUCAUCCUAGCAGAUGCUGGGUAUGAUGUGUGGUUGGGAAACAACAGAGGAAGUACCAGGGCAAAGAAACAUGUGACGCUCAACACAGAUUCUAAAGAAUUCUGGGCUUUUAGUUAUGAUGAGAUGAUAAAAUAUGACCUUCCAGCCAUCAUUAAGUUCAUUCUGGAGAAAACAGGACAAAAGCAGAUUUACUAUACUGGCCAUUCUCAAGGAACCCUAAUCGCUCUGGGGGCAUUUGCAACAAAUCAAGAACUGGCUGAAAAGAUUAAACUCAGCAUUUUAAUAGCUCCAGUUCAUACUGUUAAAUAUGUCAAAGGUGCUGGGCGCCUUCCAGCUUAUUUCACUCCAACGGCUUUCAAGAUUGUUUUUGGUGAAAAAGAAUUCUUCCCUACCAAAGUUUUCAGUAGGCUCUCUCAACAUGUGUGCGAUAUUAAGUUGGUUGAUGCUGGAUGCGCUACUGUACUGGGCUCACUGACUGGAUAUUCUCCAGAGCAAUUCAAUACAAGCCGUAUUGAUGUGUACAUAACACACAGUCUAGGAGAAUCAUCAAUUCAAAUUCUUAUACAUUAUGGUCAGGCAAUUAGAAGUGGUGUAUUUCAGGCUUAUGAUUGGGGAAGUCCAUCUCUGAAUAUGCAGCACUAUAAUCAGACUACUCCUCCUGUAUACAAUGUGGAAGACAUGAAGGUUCCAACUGCCAUGUUUAGUGGUUUAAAAGAUUUUUUGUCUAACCCAGAAGAUGUUGCAAAUUUGGUACCCAAAAUCUCCAACCUCACAUACCAUAAGAUUAUUUCUGAUUUUAGUCAUCUUGAUUUUAUAAUGGGAUUAAAUGCGAGGAAAGAGGUUUCUGAGGAAAUUUUAACAAUUCUUAGGAAAUAUGAUGGUGACAUACAGAUUUAGCUUUUUGCAUGUUUUUAAACGUUUCUGAAAGUCUCUUGCUGUUAUAAGUGCAAAUAUUGUCUUGUUUGGCAUUUUCCUCCUUAAUUAUCUUUUUUUUUUGAAAGCUAUUGGUUUAUUUGUUGCAGUAAUGAAAUCUAUGACCAUCAAAAGAAUACUUCAUCUUGUGACUGUUUUAAAUUAAGCUAAGUUCAUAUAUUUUUGAAGUGAUUUUUCCUGAAUAAAAGACUUGCUUUUAAUUUACAGUAAUGAAAUCCUAAUAUACUGAUAAAGAAAGAGGCCUGGCCCAUUUGUGAUAUCAGACAUGAUGCUGUCGGAAGAACAGAUCAGAACACAUUUCAUACAUUAGAACCAAGGCUAUAGAAGGACAGGUAAUCUUGUUGCUUAGAUCACACAAGUCUUAGUGACUAGUCGAAAUUCAAACUUUCCAUCACAACAAAGGUGUGGAUCAGCCACUGUUGAAUAAGUCACUUAUGUCAGUAUUCUCUGGCAUGAGGGGAAGAGGAAAUAUUUAAAGUGAUAUAAGAUAUUUAAAAUUAUCCACAGAAUUGAUCAUUCAUUCCCUGUAAAAUAAAG